UUAUCAUAAAAAUCCAACACUUAAACCCGCUUCCAAACAGGCAGGCACUCUGAUUAGGUUUCCCACAUCUUACUUCGGCUUCCUUCAUUUCAUUCAUUCCUUAGCUUUUAUGCUCGCAACGAAGCCAGUAACACAGUGAGAUAGAGAUAACGAAUCUUUGAUCCCAAUCCUAAGACUCGAACCCCAAAAAUUAACCAGAAAAUGGCUUCCAAGUUCGGCUUAGCUGGUGGAAUUCCCGAGCGGCGGGUCCGACCCAUUUGGGACGCCAUCGAUUCUCGACAGUUCAAAACUGCUCUCAAAAUCACUACCACUCUUCUUUCCAAACAUCCCCAUUCUCCUUACGCUCUUGCUCUCAAGGCUUUGAUAUUGGAAAGGAUGGGAAAAUCCGACGAAGCACUAUCUGUUUGUUUAAAUGCGAAAGAGCUUUUGUGUAGGGAUGAGUCUCUGUUAAUGGAUGAUCUCACUCUUAGCACGCUGCAAAUUGUUUUCCAACGACUCGAUCAUUUGGAUUUGGCUACUAGCUGUUACGAGCAUGCCUGUGGGAAAUUCCCAAACAAUUUGGAACUAAUGAUGGGGCUUUUCAACUGUUAUGUUCGAGAGUAUUCGUUUGUUAAGCAGCAACAGACUGCCAUCAAAAUGUAUAAGCUUGUUGGUGAAGAAAGGUUUUUGCUCUGGGCAGUUUGUAGCAUCCAGUUGCAGGUUCUUUGUGGCAAUGGUGGAGAGAAGCUGUUACUCUUAGCUGAGGGUUUACUUAAGAAGCAUGUUGCUUCUCAUAGCUUGCAUGAGCCUGAAGCUCUUAUUGUCUACUUUUCAAUAUUGGAGCAACAAGAAAAAUAUAGUGAUGCUUUGGAAAUUCUCACGGGGAAAUUAGGAUCCCUUCUGAUGAUUGAAGUUGAUAAGCUACGGAUACAGGGGAAGCUUCUUGCUCGGGCAGGUGACUAUGCCACUGCUGCCAAUGUAUACCAGAAAAUCUUAGAACUAUGUGCGGAUGAUUGGGAGGCUUUCCUACAUUAUCUAGGCUGUUUAUUUGAGGAUGACAGCUGUUGGUCCAAUGAAACAAUCAAUGCUCCAAUUCAUCCCCCAAAAUUUGUGGAAUGCAAGCUUACACACUUGACGGAUGAAGUGUUUGAUUCUCGCAUAUCAAAUGCUUCAGCAUUUGUACAAAAGUUACGAGCAGAAGCUAGUAAUGAUUCUUUAAGAAAUCCAUACUUGGCACAUCUUGAAAUUGAAAGGAGGAAAUUCCUAUUUGGAAAGAACAACGAUGAUGAUCUUAUAGAAGCCCUUUUGCAAUAUUAUUCAAGGUUUGGACACCUUGCUUGCUUCACUUCUGAUGUUGAGGCCUUUCUUCAAGUAGUAUCACCAGAAAAGAAGAUGGAGUUUCUGGACAAGUUAAUGAAAAACUCAAACUCCCUUUCAGCAGUGCCGACUAAAGCACUGGGGCAGUCAAUAACACUUUUGAAAACACAAGAACUGAUUGGAAACAUGUUCAGGCUUUCUGUGGGUGAACUUGAAGGGUCUGCUGUACAAAUGGCUGAGUUGUACCGUAAAAACCUUCCACUUUCCAAGGAAUUGGAUCCGCAAGAGAGUAUGCAUGGUGAAGAGCUGUUAUCGAUUGUCUGCAAUGUGUUGGUUCAGUUAUUUUGGCGAACGAGAAAUCUUGGCUAUUUCGUUGAGGCGAUUAUGGUUUUGGAGUUUGGAUUAACCAUCCGAAGAUAUGUAUGGCAGUACAAAAUCUUAUUGUUGCACUUAUAUUCACACUUUGGUGCCCUUUCCUUGGCAUAUGAAAGGUAUAAAUCAUUGGAUGUGAAGAAUAUCUUGAUGGAAACUGUUUCACAUCACAUGUUGCCCCAGAUGUUGGCAUCUCCCCUGUGGGCAGAUUUAAGCAAUCUGAUAAAAGAUUACCUUAAGUUUAUGGAUGAUCACUUCAGAGAAUCUGCAGAUCUUACAUUUCUGGCUUAUCGCCAUAGAAAUUACUCUAAAGUAAUAGAAUUUGUUCAGUUCAAAGAGCGGUUGCAACAUUCAAAUCAAUAUUUGGUGGCAAGGGUUGAAUCACCAAUUCUGCAGCUAAAGCAAAGUGCAGACAAUAUUGAAGAAGAAGAGAGUAUUCUUGAGAGCUUGAAAUGCGGGAUUGACUUUGUAGAGCUCUCUAAUGAGAUUGGGUCAAAAUCGCUGACGUUCAAUGAAGAUUUCCAGUCACGACCUUGGUGGACGCCAACUAAAGAGAAAAACUAUCUUUUAGGUCCAUUUGAAGGAAUCUCAUACUAUCCUAAAGAAAAUUUGACAAAGGAAAGGGAAGCAAAUGUACGGGGAAUCGUUGAGAGGAAGUCUCUUCUUCCUCGGAUGAUAUAUUUGUCUAUUCAAAGUGCAUCAGUCUUACAAAAGGAUAGCAGUGAAAUCAAUGGUUCUCUAGCUGAUCCUAAAAUAUCCUCAGAGCUGAAGACUUUGCUUGAACGCUAUGCAAAAAUGUUGGGAUUUUCCUUAAAUGAUGCAGUAGAUGUGGUUGUGGGAGUUUCCCAUGGGCUAAAGUCUUAUGAGGCUUUUGGUUCAGACAUAAUUGACUGGUUGAACUUUGCUGUAUUUUUUAAUGCUUGGAACUUGAAUUCUCAUGAAUUUGGACAACAUGGAGGUGAAUGUACUCCUGGUAGUUGGCAUCUUGUAAAUUCUCUUCUGGAAAGCUACAUUUUGGGAAAGGUCAGAUCCAUGGAGCCUCUGAUUCAAUCUCCACAGGGUGAUUUACCUAUAUUAGUCCAACUGGUUACUGAACCAUUGGCUUGGCAUGGCCUUGUAAUUCAGUCUUGUGUCCGGUCUUGCCUUCCAUCUGGAAAGAAGAAGAAGAAGAGUGGAUCUAUGGAUCAGUCUCUCUCUUUGUUAACUCAUGCAAUUCGGGAUGCUAUACAGUCUUUAUGUGGCAUAUUAGAAGAGGUUGCAAAAUGGUCACAAGAUCAGAUCAACAGCCCAGAGGACAAUAAGAUAGACAUUUUGGUGUCCCCUCUUCGGAGAAAUGGACAGGAUGAAGGACCUGGACAGGUUUUCCAUAUUUUUGAAACUUUGGUAUCUUCCCCAAAUGAGACAGAACUUGGGAAUCGGAUCUCCCAAGCUUUACGGGAUUGGAGUCCUGUUGAUGUGGCAAGAAAAAUAGUAUCCGGACAGUGUACAGUACUCUCUGAAUUUUGGCGUAUUUGUGAAUCAAAAAUAAAGUCAUUAAAAACUUUGAAGCAGCAGAUAGCUCAGGUCUGAAGAGAGGGAUUUAUGGAAGCAACAUUGAAGCAUGUGUUAGGCCUGAUCUUUUUUCCCCCCUUUAAUCUUGGGAAUGUUAGCCGAUCCAACGUUGUACCUCUCACAGAAAGAGGUUGAAGGAAUUGAUGUUUUGGGUCCUGUUAUUCAUGAUUUGUUCUUUUCCCCUUUUUUAUCUGCUGAUUUUGAUACCAGAUAAAUGUUAGUUUGUGAUUUGACAGAUGGCCUUUCCACAGUUUUGGAAUUCAAUGUAGGUUUUCUUGUUGGAGUGUGUACACUAAAUAAAUUCCCUCCCUUUAUUCUCAUGCUUUUUUGAAUUUCUUUUUAAUUGUAGUUUCAUAUUCGUAUUUUAGAUUCUUGCAAUGUAACACCCAAAUAACUGGUAUCCAAAUCUAAAUUGAAAAGCUUUCGUCUCUUCUCCUAGGAAAAUGGUUCUUUUCUGUAGGAAGUUGGAAACUCUUGGAAUUUGACUUGGUUUGUUGUCUUGUCGAUACACAACAGGUGAUUGGGAAAACGGAUCUAAACAGGCCAUUAUAGCACAAAAAUAUUACUUCAAGCAGAACCUCCAAUAUUUAAAUCGGCUUUUUCUUUUGUUGGCAUCCUGUAACGUUUAUUUGGAAAACACAAAUGGCAUUGCCAUGUUGCAACGUUCAUCCUCCUUGUCAUGAAUGUGAACAUAGUAAACGAAACCAUGAACUUUUGAAUCGUUAUUCGUUCAUUUUUCUUGCCAUUAUCUUUUACUCAUUAAGUUAUUGUAUUUUGUCAAGCAUAUCGUGGCAUUUCAACGAUGUUUAAAUUGAAUAAGAGGGUUGGUAGCCGUAUGUAUUUGAGAAGCAAAGUUAGUAGAAAGGGAAUACGAAGACAAGCAUUGCCAUUGGACUGUUGGUUUCUACUGUCAAUGCCAUGACGGUAGACUGUUAAAGACAGAGUCAGAGACCAACAUUUCUGUUGACGGUUCAAUUGAUUACUUAAAGGUCCCGACAGAAAUUGUGCAGGUUUAGCAUGCCUGAAAAUAUUUAGUAAAUUCAUUCUAUGUUUUUUUAAUCUGAAGUCAGUUGGUAGGCUACCUACUUCAUUAUUGUAAUCUGCAUUGUAACAAACUGUUGAAAAACAUUGAUCUUCUAGUUUACAUAGAAAAUAAUGGGGAGUAGACCUGUCAAACCUGCUUCAUUUCAAUAUUAAUCACCUACUAUAGAAGAAAAUAACCUUUUGCUUGUUGAGUCGGUACCUUGA